CCAGACAACUUGAAUCAGAUGGUAGUUUUGUACCUGGAUAGAGUAACCUCUAAAAGAUCAACAGGAGACCUGCUAAACUCAGAUAGGGAAGGCACACCAUCGUCCGUAGGAAGUGAAGAAGAAGAAGAAGAAGAAGAAGAAGAAGUAUUGACAGAUGAAGCAGAGGAUGCUCGGUCUGCAGACAGAAAAAAAAAGAAGAAGGCAGGCAAUAGGAUCAAAGAAAAAUUUUCUAAGCUUGUUGAUGGUCAAGUCAAAGAAAGCCAAAAAGAAAAAAUAUAAGGAGGAAGAGCUUUUACAGAAGGCUUUAUCGGCACGAAGAGCUGCUGUUAUUGAAGAUGAUGUUGCAAGCAGCAGAGAGGGCUCCAUUAGAAGCGGCAUGGACUCGGAUUAUGACUGUGAAACGGAUGUUUACCUAACAGCAAAUGUCCAGGAGGAUAUGAUGGAGUUUAAACUUUCCUAUGAGAUGUGGCGGGUGGGGAAGUGGGCAGUCCGUGUUACAAAUGUUCAGAAGGAAAAUGAAGAGCUGUGUUUCACAGUUCACCUGGAGGAGAGAAAUAACCCUGAGAAUCUCAACUGGGAUGUCAAAAAGACCCAAUCAGAUAUACUGAAUUUUCACAGCCUCUGUCAAGUGAGAGAGGAAAUGGAUAGUUCAGCUUUACCCUCUGUAUCUGCAAUAGUAGAGAAAACAAAGAAGGAUCUUGAUGCUGCAUACACAGAAGAAGUUAGAUCAGCCUUGGAGCACUUUUUGCAAGAGCUGGUUUCUGAUGCACAACUUGGUCAGACUCAGCCUGUAUUCCAGUUCUUGUGUCCCAUUGCACAGCUGCUGAGUAAUAAGGAACAUAAGGGAGGUGUCUGGAGUUUUCUGAAUGGACUGGCAAGCUUUCUUACUCCUGGCCAAGAUGAGGAUGAGUCCCAUAACCCCAGAGGAGAGGAUAAGCUCGAUGAAGCAGGAGGUGGACCAACAGCACUGCCAGCCUGCAUCGACACAGAUGAAGAGCCAAAGGAGGGCAUUGUAGAAGGGCCAAUAGCUACAAACAUUAGGUUUUGUAAUCCUCGUGAAGAGACUGAAACCUUCAGAAAUAGAGAAACAGAUAUGGAAGAUCAGACCUCUGAUGAACAGGAUGUGGUUUCAGAUGGACAGGAGAGUCUUGCUGAAAGUUUAGAUGUCUUUGUUAAUAGAUCAAAAUUAGUCAGUCCUUCAGGACACUCCAGUGAUAUCUCAAUCUCAGACAUGGACCAUACUGAAGGCUUACAGUCUGACUUCGUCGAUGGCUUUAUAAGUGCUCUGUCUGGGGGGAAAACAAAAAAAAAAGACAAGUUAACUCACAAAAAGUUAAAUGGAGAACAAAAGUCCCAAGUAAAAGAUAAAACUGGACAGCUCAAGGAAGAGCUGGCAAAUCAGCCAAAGGCUCAGAAAAAGGAGCCCCAGACCAACUGGGAGCAAAUUGAGGCUACCAAAGCCAUAUUUGAGUUACUUAAGGAAAUAACUGGUAACUCAGUCCUCGUUAACAUUGUUGAUGCCAUUCUAAAAGCAGUCCAGCCUUUGGUAAAAAAGAAAAUAAACAACUUUUUAAAAAGGAUGCAUCCCACCGAAGCUCAGAUUGCGUCCUACAUUGAUAAUUUCCGGGAGAAUAUAUGGCCAGAAGGAAAUGUGGCCAUCCAGCCGCCACGUGACAGUGAGGAGAAACAAGCGACCAAGGAGAAGGCUUUGCAGCUUAUAAAUUCAAAAUAUUCAAACUCUUUAAUCCUCAAGAAGACUGAAGUUGAAACUUUGUUCAAGAUCUUCCAGGACACAGAGGAGAACAAGAAACUUGUUUAUAUGCUGUUGUCAUACGUUCUAGGGAAGUUCCUACCGGGAGAGCCUGCCUUCAGUGCAGUAGCUAAUCUAACUGUUAAGGAUUUUGUUUUCUAAUAAAAAGAUUGAUUUUUUUUAUUAUUGUAAUCCAUCUAAUGUUUUAAAUGUGCAUUAUUUGACAUUUCAUGUGAAUAUUCUUCAAUGAUGCAUUGUGAUAUACCUCUGAGAUCAGACUUUGACUUUGAGCAGCAUGAUUCAUGAACACUCUUUUAUAGCAUUUAGCAUUUUAACAAAUAUACUGUAAUUAUGUUUCACUUCAGCAAUGUUACAAUAUCUUACAAUAUCCAUGUUAUCAAUAUCUGUAAAUUUUAAACUCAUAUUUAAAAAAUUAACACUGUAUAUGUAAGUUCACUCUUUUUUGUACCUUAAAAUUGUACACUGAAUAAGUGAUUUAUAUUUUAAUAAACAGCACAGGUUACUCAGGACAAAAGAGAUAAAGUCAUUGUGAUACUGAUCAAAAUGUUAAAAUUUUGAAAAGACAUAAUGGGUAGAUCUGUGUGCAAUGUAUUCGAAUAAUGCCAAUAAAUAUAUUUUACUAUUAA